GUAAGCGACCAUCAACACAAACCAUGGCCGGCUCCACUCGGCUCUGUUUACUCGCCAAAAGUUUUAAUUUAUUGUCCGUUUCUCAGCCCCCAUUGAGCCACGGCAUUGUGAGACAGUAUGCAACAGCAGUCACCUUUGCCAGACCAAGCAUUGCAGCAGUUCCUCUCUCAGCAAAAGGAAAUAGCGUUAGUCAGAGGCUGAAUCAACCACACCUCCCUCAAGUGCAGCCAGCCAGGUCAACGAGCUUCUUCAACAAAUUGCCGGCUGAUCAGCUCUGGAAGGGUGUGACGAGUGUGAGCAAUGCUGGCAAGAAGCGUGGUCGUGGCAAAGGCGUUGGCAAGAAAAUGGCAAAAAAUCUCAACCGAGGACAGAUGAUUGGCGUUGGGCGUGAGAAUAUUGUUUGGCCUGGACUCAAUGCCCCCAUAUUGCGAGGGAAGGAGUUGAUACAGCAGCAGAAGCUCCCGCAAGAUACAGAGAGAGAGGCAAAGCUCAUCAAAAUGAGAGACACCAUGGGUGUGUUCCGCCCUUUGCGCCUAGAUCCCCUGGAGAGAGGCUGGUCCGGCAACAAGAUGCCCGGGAGGAGCAUUGGCCCUCCUGACCCUAUUGGGGAAGACAGCUUUGAUGGGUUUGACACCAAAGUACUGGAACUGAAGACAGUGACCCACAUGAGCGGCAUCUUCGGGAGGAAAAGACGAAUGAGUAUGUUUGUCGUCACUGGCAACGGGAAUGGCCUGGGAGGAUUUGCUCUAGCCAAAGCCAACACCAUGCCAGCCACCAUGAGGAAGGCGAAGAACCGGGCGGGACAGAAACUGAUCUACAUUGAAAGAUACAAUGACCAUACAGUUUUCCAUGACUUCUUUAGCCAGUUUGGAUACACAAAGCUCUUUGUCAAGAAGAAGCCUGAGGGCUAUGGUCUGGUAUGCCACCGUGCCAUCCGUACCAUCUGUGAGGUGAUUGGCAUCAAGGACAUCUAUGUCAAGGUGGAAGGCUCUACCAACAUCCAGAACCUCACGAAGGCCUUCUUUCUCGGACUCAUCAAUCAGAAAACUCACCAGCAUCUCAGCGAGGCCAAGCAGUUGCACCUUGUUGAGUUUCGUAAAGAGAACCUGGAUUUCCCCCGGGUUGUGGCUUCCCCCCAGAGUGGCAAGGUGCGCGACUUAGAAGAAAUUCCCAAGGACGAGGAGCUUGACUUUGGCCUG